AUGGCGCGCCAGCUGAACCCGAAUCAGCAGAAGAUCGCCGAGAAGCUGAUCAUCCUGAACGAUCGGGGUGUCGGCAUACUCACGCGCAUCUACAACAUCAAGAAGGCGUGCGGUGACACGAAAUCGAAACCCGGCUUCCUGUCGGACAAGUCGCUGGAAUCAUCGAUAAAGUUCAUCGUCAAGCGGUUCCCGAACAUCGACAUUAAGGGGUUGACCGCGAUCGCGAACAUCAAGUCGGAGAUCAUCAAAUCGCUCUCGCUGUACUACUACACGUUCGUCGAUCUGCUCGACUUCAAGGAUAAUGUGUGCGAGAUCCUUACGACCAUGGACGCGCUGCAGAUCCACCUCGACAUAACGCUCAACUUCGAGCUCACGAAGAACUACCUCGAUCUGGUGACGACGUACGUAUCACUCAUGAUCCUGCUGUCACGUGUGGAUGAUCGCAAAGCCGUCCUCGGUUUGUUUAAUGCCGCCUACGAGAUGCAACACAGCCAAAGCGACCAAGCGUUCCCGCGACUCGGUCAGAUGAUCAUCGAUUACGACAUGCCGGUGAAGAAACUGGCCGAAGAGUUCAUCCCCCACCAGCGGCUGUUGUCGAGUGCGAUCAAUUCGCUCACGAAGAUCUACUCGAUGCGCAAUCUGAGCGCGGAAAAGUGGCGCGAACUGCAGGUACUCAGCCUGAUCGGUACGCCAGCGAUGCUGCUGAAAGCGACCAAAACGGACACCAUGUCGUGCGAGUACAUAUCACUGGAAACGCUCGAUCGGUGGGUCAUUUUUGGGCUGAUGCUGCACCACCAAGCCCUGCAGCAGCAGGGGUUGGUGAGCAACAUGUGGAUAUCGGCGCUGGACUCGAGCUGGGUAGUGGCGCUGUUCCGCGACGAGGUGAUCUACAUCCACCAGUACAUUCAGACCAACUUCGAGGGCCUCAAGGGGUACGGAAAGCGCAUCUCCGAGGUGAAGGAGUGCUACAACCAGGCCAUCCAAAAGGCAGCACUGUUGCACCGUGAACGACGCAAGUUCUUGCGUACGGCGCUGAAAGAACUCGCGCUGAUCAUGACCGAUCAGCCGGGUCUGCUGGGACCGAAGGCACUGCUCGUGUUCAUUGGGUUGUGUUACGCACGGGACGAGAUCCUGUGGUUGCUGCGGCAUAACGACAACCCGCCCGUGGUGAAAAGCAAGGGUAAAUCGACGGAGGAUUUGGUCGAUCGACACCUGCCCGAGCUGCUGUUCCACAUGGAGGAGUUGCGCGCGCUGGUGCGCAAGUACAGCCAGGUCAUGCAGCGGUACUACGUGCAGUACCUGUCCGGGUACGAUGCGAUCGAUUUGAACUACAAGAUGCAACAGCUGCAGGUGUGCCCGGAGGAUGAGAGCAUCAUUCUGUCGUCGCUGUACAAAACCGUCACCAGCCUGUCGGUGAAGCAGGUCGAGGACAACGAGGUGUUCGAUUUCCGCGCCUUCCGGAUCGACUGGUUCCGGUUGCAGACGUUCAUGAGCGCGAAAUCGGCCGUCCGCAUCACGGACUUUCCGGAUCUAGCGCGGUUGCUCGACUCGAUGGUGUUCCACACGAAGAUGGUCGACUAUCUGGACGAGUCGCUGGUGGAGACGUCCGAUCUGUCGAUCUUUUGCUUCUACAACAAGAUGUUCGAGGAUCAGUUCCACAUGUGCCUCGAGUUUCCGGCCCAGAACCGGUACAUCAUUGCGUUUCCGCUGAUUUGCAGCCACUUCCAGAACUGCACGCACGAGAUGUGCCCCGAGGAGCGGCACCACAUCCGCGAGCGCUCGCUAUCCGUGGUGAACAUGUUCCUCGACGAGAUGGCCAAAGAGGCGAAGAACAUCAUUACCACGAUCUGUGACGAGCAGUGCAUGAUGGCGGACGCGCUACUCCCCAAGCACUGCGCCAAGAUCCUGUCCGCCGCGGCCAACCGCAAGAAGAAGGACAAAAACAAGAAGCACAUGGACGAUGUCCGGCGGCCGGGUGAUGAAAGCUACCGGAAAACACGCGAACUGCUCACCACAAUGGACAAGCUGCACAUGGCGCUGACGGAGCUGUGCUACGCGAUCAACUACUGUCCCACGGUGAACGUGUGGGAGUACGCGUUUGCCCCGCGCGAAUACCUUUGUCAGCAUCUGGAGACGCGGUUCUCCCGUGCACUUGUUGGGAUGGUUAUGUACAGCCCGGACACGUCGGAGAUCGCUAAACCAUCGGAACUGUUGGCGUCGGUGCGUGCCUACAUGAACGUGCUGCAGACGGUGGAGAAUUACGUACACAUCGACAUCACGCGCGUGUUUAACAAUUGUCUGUUGCAACAGACGCAACCGCAGGAUAGCCACGGUGAGAAGACGAUCGCGGCACUGUACAACACCUGGUACUCAGAUGCGCUGUUGCGGAAGGUCAGCGGCGGUAACAUUGUGUUCUCGCUGAACCAGAAAGCGUUCGUGUCGAUCUCACCGGAGGGCUACAUUCCGUUCAACCCGGAGGAGUUUUCGGAUUUCAACGAGUUGCGCGGACUUGCGGAGCUGAUCGGACCGUACGGUAUCAAGCUGCUGAACGAGUCGCUGAUGUGGCACAUCGCCAACCAAGUGCAGGAGCUGAAGCGGCUAGUCGUGCAGAACAAGGAAGUGCUGAUGAUCCUGCGCAGCAACUUCGACAAGCCGGAGAUAAUGAAGGAACAAUUCAAGCGCCUGCAGCAGGUCGACAACUUGCUGCAGCGAAUGACGAUCAUCGGUGUGAUUCUGAGCUUCCGACAGCUGGCACAAGAAGCGUUGGUGGAUGUGCUGGAGCAGCGAGUACCGUUCUUGCUGUCAUCAAUCAAGGACUUCCAGGAGCACGUGCCGGGAGGCGAUCCGCUGAAAACCGUCUCCGAGAUGGCGUCGGCGGCCGGGUUGAAGUGCAAAGUCGAUCCGGCGCUCUCGAACGCGCUGAAGGCGCAAAAAUCGGAACCGGACGAAAGCGACCACCUCAACAUCUGCCUGCUGAUGGUGUUCGUCGCGGUAAGCAUUCCAAAGUUGGCCAAAAACGAAAACUCCUUCUACCGGGCGUCGCUGGAGGCGCACACGAACAACACGCACUGUAUGGCCGUGGCCAUCAACAACAUAUUCGGCGCGAUGUUCACUAUCUGCGGGCAGAACGACAUCGAGGAUCGGAUGAAGGAAUUUCUCGCCCUCGCCAGUUCCUCGUUGCUGCGGCUGGGCCAGGAAUCGGACAAGGAGGCGAUCAAGAACCGCGAGUCCAUCUACCUGCUGCUGGAUCAGAUCGUGCAAGAGUCGCCAUUCCUCACGAUGGAUCUGCUGGAGUCGUGCUUCCCGUACGCGCUCAUUCGCAACGCUUACCACGCCGUUUACAAGCAGGAGCAGUUGAUGCACUAAACGACACAUCCUUCAUCCUUCUCGCUCGCCUCUAGCACUAGCAUGUUGAACUUUGUCUUCUUUUACCGCAAACCGAACUCUCUUCCGUGUAUGCUAGUGCGCGUUUAUUUAUUGCGUUUGCGGGAAACCGUUCGCUUUCCACUAUGAAGCAUUUAUUUAAUGAAGCUAGCACGAAUAAGGAUCACCGUUGUGAAGAUCCCACCACAGUUAGGUAAGAAGUUGCAAGCUAGUUUUGUCGUCGGACUAACGCUGCCUGUGCAAGAAAACACAGCCCUUCAAUCACAAGUGGCAUUUAAUCGUAAAAUGAAAUGAGGACUACCAACAUUAGCAAAAACAUUACACCAUGUAAUCGUAAUUCGUAUGUCAUUUGGCAAUAUUUCUGGUAUGAAAUAAAAUCGCUAGGUAU